UAUUAUUUUUAGAUAGUCUAUGGCAACCAAAUUUUGCGGAAAAAUCAGCAAAUUCGAAAUCUGAAAAUGUGUUAACAAAUUAUAAAAUUAGCUAAUAAAUAAUCCUAAAUUGUGAUAUGUAAUUGCAUAAAAAAUAAGCCAAGGAAAUCUGUAAUCCAUGCUCGAAAACAUUUCCUAAAAAAUAGACAACAUAACCUCCAAACACAUGUACGUGAAGAGUGUUGGUUUGUUUACUAGCCGCUUGGUAAGCUCGCAGUAUUGUGUUCGAUAUUACAAAAACACUGGCACUAAGAAACUCUUGGAAUUUCUAGCUGAAAUGCCUAAAGCAAACACUACGCGUAUCACUGCGGCGCAGCAUCAAAGAAAACAAAUUCAGAAAAAGUCUGAAAAGUAUGGAUCUAGCACAGUGUACCUGCAAGUUUUAGGCUCCGGAGCACGCGGGGUGCCCAAUACCUUGUAUCUUUUCACCGAUCAAAAGAGGUAUUUGUUUAACUGUGGAGAAUGCACACAAAGGCUGGCACAUGAGCACAAAGUGAAGCUGUCUCGUCUUGACCACAUCUUCAUUACAAGCAAGACCUGGAAGAACAUUGGGGGCCUCCCGGGACUCUCGCUGACGUUGCAAGAUGUUGGUGUCCCAAAUAUUACCCUGCAUGGACCAGAGGGCCUGGAUGAGCUAUACAAUGCCACAAAGAGGUUUGUGAUAAUGAAGGAGAUGAAGGUGACAAUGGCUCCGUGCAGCCCUGCCGAGGAUUUCGAGGACGGAGUCAUGUCUGUCAAAUAUGUUCAUUUAGGUCCCCAGGAAAGUGUGCUCAAGCCAGCUGUAAAAAGACUGAAAACAGAACAACCCAAAGUGGACAAGGAGUUAGCAGAAUUCAUGAAUGACGACACAGAUUACUACCGUAGAGAUGCAAAUAGCAAAACAAAACCAGUUCCAUCACGAAAAUCUCCUGAGCCUCAAGCUUCAGUAAAGAAAGCAGAACAAGGGCUUCAUGAAUUACAAAAACCAAACAACAGCUCUGUGGCUUAUAUUUGUACUUUGAAGAAACGCCUAGGCACCCUAGACCUGGAGAAGUGCGUGACCCGCGGCGUGCGGCCGGGCCCGCUGCUCGGGCAGCUGAAGGCGGGCCACGACGUCGUGCUCCCUGACGGGACUAUUGUGUUGUCCAAGGAUGUGAAGACGCCUGAUGACCCGGGGCCUGUGUUUAUUGUGCUGGAAGUAGAGGACGUGUCGUACCUGCGCGCGGCGGACUUCUCCGCGCACUUCGACAACGGAGCCAACCCGCCCGAGAACAUCCCCACUGUCAUUGUGCACUUGUCCGCGCCACACAUCGUUAGAGAUCCUGAAUACCGCUCUUUCAUAUCAAACUUCGGCCCCUCGACCCAGCACCUCGUCGUCAACGAACAGAACAGCUGUCUCGGCUCGGAGGCGGUCCACAGGACGCAGCACAAACUGCACCUUCUAGACCCUGACAUAUUCCCGCUACUGCGUGACGUCAUGCCGGCGGUGUGGACGCCUAACUCACCCGUGGAGGGCAAAGCCAGUCCGAGCAAGAUGAAGGGGUUAGAGGAGUUGAAGAAAAAGAUUGCGCUGGCGCAGUUCCAGAACAUCAUCAACAUAGAGAGCACGUGCAAGGGAGACGGCACGACGGCUGUCUCGCUCUCUCCCGACGGCAGCGUGAAGGGGGCCGAGUGCGGGAUGGAAGCCGCGAGGACGCUCACUGUGUUCCAUUUGAGGCCGAAGAAGGAGUUGGAUCGAUCGGCAGAACCGAAACUCCACAUCCAAGACUACCUCCAAGAAACAAUGGAAGUGGACGGAUUCGUCGCCAGUCUAGAAACCUUCCGUCGCGCGGCCGACAGUCUGCGGUACCGCGCGAACCACCCCCCCUCGCCCCGGGAACAGCCCCCCUCUCCCCGGGAACAGCCCCCUUCGCCCCGGGAACAGCCCUCGUCGCCUCGGGAUCAGCCGCCGUCGCCCCGGGAUCACCCCCGUGCAGUAUUCCUGGGUACAGGGUCGUGCAUCCCGAGCAAGACUAGGAAUACUAGCGCGAUCCAUUUGCAGCUAGAUGAGAACAGUUCGCUCCUGCUGGACUGCGGGGAGGGAACUCUCGCGCAGCUGGUCCGCUUCUACGGGCCGAAGCGGGUCAACGCCGUGUUGAGGACGCUCAAGGCCAUCUACAUAUCGCAUCUGCACGCUGACCAUCAUAUAGGCACAAUAGGCGUGAUCCAGGCCCGCGCGCGCGCGUUCCAGGAAGCUUCCCUGACCCCGGAGCCGCUGCACCUCCUAGCUCCCGGACAGAUCAUGUCGUGGCUGGCGAUGUACGACCAGCAGUUCGAGAGGAUACGGGGCGACUUCACACUGGUGCCGAAUCAGAACUUGCUCUACACCGCACGAGGCGACUGCACAAUAACCCCGAUCCUCUCUUCCCUCGGGGUGCACAACAUAGAGACGUGCCUGGUGUCGCACUGCCCCAACGCGUUCGGAGUCGCUAUAACAGUGGAUGAACAGAACAAGAUCACCUACUCCGGGGAUACUAUACCGUGCGAUGAGCUCGCUGUUAUUGGCGCCAACUCGACCCUCCUCAUCCACGAGGCGACAAUGGAAGACUCGCUAGCAGCCGAAGCUCGCAUCAAGAUGCACUCAACAACCUCACAGGCCAUAGACAUGGGACGCAAGAUGAACGCGCGCUACACGAUCCUGACUCACUUCAGCCAGAGAUACGCACGCCUGCCGCGGCUUAGUCCCGCCAUUUUGAAUGAUAACUGCCGUGUGGCCAUUGCGUUUGAUAAUAUGCAGAUAACAAUGAGCGACCUGGAGAUCCUGCCACAAAUGUACGCCCCCCUACAACUCAUGUUCGCGGACCACUGCGUGGAGAUGGAGCUGAAGGCGGCGCAGCGGGCCCGGCAGCGGGACCGCAGCCCGCGCAGUACGAGCAGAGACCGUAGCUAGUAGGCGGGUAGUGUAGGGGUGCGGGUAAAGAAACUGGGUGAAAAU